CUGGGCUCGGGUGCAGGUGUGAGCCUUGGACCUGGACGCAGCGGGGAGGUGGUUGGAAUUUCGGGGCCACUGGCCAGGUCGGGGCAAGGCCAGUACGUGCUCUGUCUGAUUUCAUUACACAUUAAACGAGGUUCGUGAUACAAGGGUUUCUGCUGAAUAUCGUUUUCUUCCAAUCAGUUGAGGCUGUUCUCUAGCAGGAAAAUUAGACUGUUACAGCUAACUGAUUUCUCAAAAUAGAAAGCCCUGUGCAACGCGUGCAUGGACGCAUUUAUGAUUUUAAAAACUGAAAGCAUCUUGUUCAGACCUGCAGACAGUUGCGUUAUGAUCUGCACGGUCCUCCUUUGUUCCAGUAACCUCUCCCUGGGUAACCACUUGACAUUCCUAUGCUUUUCUAAAGUUCUACAUGUGGCUGUGAUGCUUUUUGUUGUAUUUGGGGCGUCAAUCAAGCCUUUCUCCCCUCACUUAAUUUGUUUCAAGCAUUGAGCUUGGGGGGCUUAGAUGUACCAGUUAGCUUUAUUGAAUGGUGAACCAACCUAGAACCUCUGGAUUUCAAAGAAAAGAGGGCAGACACUUAUUUGCUGAAAUUUUAGUGUUCUGCAAUCUGGGUGGAUUUAUUCACUAAGUUUCUAUUCUGGUGUUGCCUGGAUCACAGAUGAGCCUGUAGUCAUGUAGUGUGUUGACUGAGGCUGUUUGAUUUAAUAUGACUUCAUUCACUUUUUUGGUGGUUUGUUCCGGUUAUUGGCAAAGCCAUGUGCAACUGUCAGACUAACCCAGGGGCUUCACCAGAUGACAUUGUUGCAAGUAGGUAAUCGCCUGUGGAGAAGUACUUUGAAUUCCUGCAUAAUUUAUACUGUUUUCCUUAUGGCUAAAAGGCCAAACCAUGAGGAAAUGAAUUCAAGGUAACAGGUCUGUGAAAACCUUUCCUGCCACAGUAUAGCACCAAAAAUGUACAUUAUGUGCAACUUUUCUGUAAAACUAAGGGUCAGAUGUUGUGUUGUCAUUAAGUAUCUGGAAAAAAAAAUUCCCCACUUCAUCUAAAUUUUUAUUUUCACCUAAAAAAAAAUCUCAAAGUUUUGUUUCUGAUUUUUUAAAUUUCAUUUCAAUUAUCUGAACUUGCAGAAAUUACUGAAGUUCUAAAUAACAUCUGGGGCCUACCUGGAGGCCUAGGGGUUAAGUCAGUACUGCUAUCACCAGUAGGGCCUAAGUUCAAUGCUGGACCAGGGACCUGACCCACAUGAUGCAGCAGACCUAUCCUGUCGCCCUGCUGCUCCCCUUAGCAGUGUAUUUCAGUACAGCUGUCUGUUCUGCUCCCCACUCUGUCUCUGGUGAAUCCUCUCCCUCCCACCCCCACCUCUGGCCUGCACACCAGCUCUUCUAUGCAUAAAUAAACAAAAAUAAGUGGCCUCCCUGGUGGCGCAGCAGGUUGAGUGCAGGGCUGUGAAGCCCUCUGCAGCCUCUGCAGCCCUGGUUCGAUUCCCAGGGAGAUUCCCACAUGGCAAGGCAGACAUCUCCUGUCUCCUCCUCUGCUCCCCUCAGCAGUGUACUUUGGUCCUUCUGCCUAUUCUGCUCCCAGCUCUGUCUCUGGUGAAUUCUCUCACCCUCCCGUGCCUCUGGCCCGUACCCCAGUUCUUGUAUAAAUAAAUAAAAUCUUUAAAAAUAAAUAAAUAAAAAGUCUUUAAAAAAAAUAACCUAUCUUUAAAGUUACUGUGAUUGUAUAAAUUGUUUCCUUUCUUAUGCUUUUGGUAGCUGGAUUCUGAGGAAGCUUUUCCAAUGUCCACAGAAUUCACUUUCUUUUAUCUUCAGAAGAAAGUUUUGUUCUAGAUUGUCUCUGUAGUCCUUUAUAACUUGAUAUCUUCUUAAAUAUGAUGGCAUGUAGAUAAAUCAUGGAUACGAGACUUCUAAUACAACAUAACUACUAAAAAUAUUAUCCUUCAUGUUUUAAUUAAUCUCAUCACAUUCCACUUGCUAAGCUAAGAAUUAAGUGCUGUUUUUAAUCAUAUGACCUUUGACAAAUACUGGAUGCACUACAGUUGAUUGGAAUGGAGAGAGUACUGCAGAUUUCUGAUUUCGUCUGCUCCAUUCAGCGGGCCUAAAUUCUGACCUUAAAAAAUUCCUCCAAUUUCUUCUGGUUUCAGUUAUUUUUUUCCCCAAAUGGGACAAUAAAAGAAUUUUCUGCCUGAAGACAGGGAGAGCUUUUACUGUGCUGCCUGAGCCAAUGAACCUUUAUUGUUAAUAGAUUAUUUCUGUUAAAUCAGGGGGGAAAAAAGGAAUAAGCUGGUUCUCACUUAUGGUUAAGACGUACAUUUACCUAUGUUAAGAAUUAACCCUCUUGGGCCUCCCUCGUGGCUGAGGCCUGAAUUGAUCCCUGGCCAGGGAGCUGACCCACAUACUGCACAGCAGACCUCUCCUGUCUCCCCACUGCUCCCCUCAGCAGUAGAUUUCAGUAGAGCCACCUGUCCUGCUCCCCACUCUGUCUCUGGUAAAUCCUGUCAUCCCCUUACACCUUGGGCCCAUACUCAUUUCUUCUGUGCACAAAUAAAUCUUCAAAACAAAACAAAACAAAAACCCCUGGAUAGUCACAUUUGAGUCAUUACAGAUGGGAAGGUUUUUUUUUUUUUUUUAAAGAAACUUUUUUUUAAGAUUUGAUUUAUUUAUUUAUGCAUAGAAGAACUGGGGUAUAGGCCAGAGGUGCAGGGGGUGAGAUGAUUCCCCGGAGAGAUUGGAGAGCAGGACAGGUGGAUCUACUGAAAUACACUGCUGAGGGGAAGAGCGGGGAGACAGGAGAGGUCUGCUGCGCCAUGUGGAUUAUCUCCCUGGCCAGGGUUCAAACUCAGGCUGCAGUGGCUAGCGAUAGCUUGAUAUCAGAGACUUAACCCCUGUGCCACUAGGGAGGCCCAUGGGACGUUAUCUUUAUGGAUUCCUACUCAACAUCUAUGUGGAUGGUCUUAGGAUUUUCUUCACAGAAAUAUGAAUAUUAAUACUGAAGCUUUCUUAUUUCCAGCAUAAUCUCUUCAAAAAUUCUUUAUCAUUACGGUCUGUUUCUGUUUCUUUUUCUUUCUUUGGCUGGUACAGCAUGCUUUAUUGAUGGUAUGUACAAGGCAGGGCGGCCAGUGGAAAGCAGGCCUGGUGACCCCGUGCCUGACCCAGCCACCUCUGGUCACACCGACUUGAAGUGUCUCAGGGAUGGGCCGGCCCCGCGCAGGACGAGGCGGUUAUAGGACCCGGAAGAGCAGAGAGACACUCCAUGUGUCUUUAAAUGAGAUGGUGACCUUUGAGGACGUGGCCGUGAGCUUCACCUGGGAGGAGUGGCAGGACCUGGACGACGCUCAGAGGACCCUCUACAGGGACGUGAUGCUGGAGACCUACGGGAGCCUGGUGUCCCUGGGGCGUUGUGUUGCCAAACCUGAGGUGAUCGUCAGGUUGGAGCAAGGAGCAGAGCCGUGGACUGUUGGAGCACCCCCAAACGGGAGCCUCUCAGAUGUCCAGACUGUGGGUGGCCUGCCUGAGAACAGCCCAGAAAACCAGAGAAGACAUCUGUGGCGUGUCGCCCUCACCAACAGCAAAACAUCCGAUUUUGAAAGAAGUGACUUAGGAGCAGAAAUUUAUUUGAGCUCAGGGCUUGUUUCAAAAUUGAUUUUAAAUAGCAAUGGAAGCUGUUCAGUGAUGGUACCUGAAGAGAUUCAGGCAUGUGAGAUGUCUCUCCCUUGGGAGCCUGUUAAGUUGCACACUGAUGGGAAAGCUGAGGGCCAUGAGGACACACACUCAGGGGAGAGCGCGGGCGCAGACCCACCGCCACACCUGACGCUGCGAGUUUCCCGCAGGUGGGGAAGCCGCAGGGGUCGGCACGCCCGGGGCGCAGCGGACCAGCCUCGCCCUGGGAGAACCACCUUCGUGAUCGUGAUCGUCGUGUCUCCCCUGCCAGAGUCCUUCUCCUCGGUUUGUGGUUUGAGAUUCCUGCACCGGCGGCAGAAGCGGAUCAUUGGUGGGAAAAAUUCCUUAAGGGGCGGCUGGCCUUGGCAAGUGUCCCUCCGGCUGAAGUCUUCCCAUGAAGAUGGCAGGCUCCUUUGUGGGGCCACACUUCUGAGCAGCUGCUGGGUCCUCACAGCAGCGCACUGCUUCAAGAGGUAUGGUAACAGCACUAAGAACUAUGCUGUUCGAGUUGGGGAUUAUCAUACUCAGGUGCCGGAGGAAUAUGAGGAAGAAAUUGGAGUUCAGCAGGUCGUGAUUCACCCAGAGUACCUACCGAACGGCAGCGACUACGACAUCGCCCUGGUGAGACUGCAAGGACCAGAAGAGCAGCGUACGAGGUUCAGCAGCCACUUCUUGCCUGCCUGUUUGCCCCUCCGGAGGGAGAGGCCACAGAAAACAGCCUCUAAUUGUUACAUCAUGGGAUGGGGAGACACAGGACGAGCCUAUUCAAGAACUCUUCAACAAGCUGCCAUUCCCUUACUUCCCAAGAGGUUUUGUGAAGAACGUUAUAAAGGCCGGUUUACAAGGAGGAUGCUGUGUGCUGGAAAUCUCCAGGACCACAAACGUGUGGACAGCUGCCCGGGCGACAGCGGAGGACCACUCAUGUGCGAAAGGCCAGGCCAGAACUGGGUUGUGUAUGGGGCGACCACCUGGGGGUACGGUUGUGGAGUCAAGGAUUCACCAGGUGUUUAUACAAAAGUCUCAGCCUUUGUACCUUGGAUAAAAAGUGUCACCCAACUCUGAUUCUUCCUGAAAAACUCAAGAGAAAACACACUAUCGAAAUACCUGUUGGAAAGAUUUCAGGCUAAAAUUCACUCAACAAGGGAGGACUUUUAUGUUUAUGUUGUAAUUAUGUUUCCCUCCCUUUGCUUCUUUUGAGAUUUGUGAUGUGAACAUUUUUGGCUACAGAUACCUCAGUGUGAUUCUGAUUACCUUCAAUUAGCAUUGUUGCCUGCCCAAAGCAGUUUUACUGGCAAUUAAAUUCUUUAUUCUCAUUUAAGCUACAUUGAUCUCUUUUGCCUGUUUCUGAGCAUUCUCGAGAUUAUCAAAUAUUGAGAAAAAGGCCAUUUUUACAUUUUGAUUGAGAAUGCCUUGUAAUUGAAUUGAUACAUGGAUUCACAUUUUAGAUAAAAAAGUACCCUUACUAUACUCAAGUAGUGGGAGUUCUUAAAAAGUAAGAAUACGUGUUUCUAUCUGGGUAAGCCCUGUCAAGUAAGGAAAUCCAAGGCCAAAAUGGUAAAGGAAUAUUCAUCAUAAAUCUCAACUGGAACAGGAUCAAGCCACAGGGAUAUCUGUCCAAUCACAAUUAUUCCCGAGAAGCCAUCAUACCAAGCACUAUGGCAACUAUGACAAAAAAUAGAUUCUAGCUCCUGGUAUGUUACAAGCAAAACUUGUAAUUCCUGCUAACAAAGAAUGCCUUCAAGUUAUUGGUUGCACAAGUCAAUCUAUCCACUUUUCUAUCUCCUGUUCUUGCUUCUAACCUUACAAGUCUUCUGGGUAUGAUGAGAGUGCCACCUACUGCAACUUCCUAGUAAUUGGUCAAAACUGCAGAUUCCCCAAGACUGUUACUACCUUAUAGAACCUGACAGGGGUAUACUGUUUCAAAAAAAUGCUUUCCAUGCCAGUUAGGUAAAGGCUCCACACAAGUUUUCAACCAACUUACUGUACUAAAUACUGCGUAAGUUCACUGUGCACCUCAAUUUACAAAGGACUGAAAAUUUUAGGAAAACAGGUCUAGAAGCCAAGUGAGACAGCUGAUUUUGAAAGGCAGCUGCAGAAAGAAGUCCUGAUGCUGACAAUGGUUACCAGCCUACACCCUGAAGUUUCUCCUCUACUUACCAAAGGGCAAGAGAAAGCUGCUUAUCACACAUUCUGAAAACUAUGCUUGGCAGCAGUACAUAAUCUGUACCCAAGUAUGAGGUAUGUCCCUCGAGACACCUAAAUAAUUUUUAGACAUGACUGCCAAUGAAUCCUCCCUGAAAUCCUAAGAAAACUCUUGUUAUAUGCAAGAGGUAGAUGUAAUGACCAAAAACCAUAAAGUUUAAUGUUAACUUUAGCAUUGAGUGGCUUAGCCUCCCCCUCAAGUCGCUCAUAACAAUGGACUUGACCUUUUGCAUCCAAUCAUGUCAUUUUUGUAAAUCCUCAGCUUUGUUUAAAAAAAAAAAGUUAACAGGUGCUUACCUAAUGGUGCUUUAUAGUUUACAACUUUGCAAAAAUGUAAUGUUAUUUAAGUAGGAUUACAUUAAAACUUCUAAAAAAAGCUCAAGAUUUUGAAAGAGGGAAAAUGUUUAAGUGUCACAUAAUGUAAUGAUUGAGCUGCAUCUAAUGUAGCUUGCACAAGGGCUUGGGAAGAAUGUGCAAUACAGGUGAGAAAAUCUGCAGAAACCCCUCACAGGCUGCCCUUGUAACUACAGUGCUGGAGGAAGCAACAUUUAUAUUAAAAUUCAACUGAGCUAGGCUGGCAGACAAAGUUAUCAGUUU